AAAUGACAUCCGGCACUUGUUCAAUGACGUCAUCUGGCAGCAGUGAAUUUGCAUAACUAAAUUUCGUACUCUGGUUUGUGAUUUUGUUUGCUACAAAAAAGCUUUCUAAGCGAGCAAACCAGAGUUCAGCCUUUCGUGGAUUAAAAAUGGGUAAAGGUACAGAGAUGGCACCCACGGAAAUAGAUUUAGAUGAAAGACUUAGCGAAUUAUCAAGUGCCAUGAUACGAAGAAGCAAUAGUAAUAAUAAGCCGAGGAUUGUAAUAUACAAUAUGAAGAGAAAUCAAAAAUAACAACAAGAAAUAUAUAUAAGACUCACCAAAAAGAAAAACUGUCACUUUUGGUUUAAAUAUGCGAAUAUACAGCAAUAGUUCCAAAGGAACAAUGUUAUCGAUGGAUUUAUUAUGACUGUUAAUGAAUUGUUAAUAAUUGUAAUAGUAAUUCCAAUGUGAAGUUCUUUAAGAUACGCUUGGAGAGUAUGCAGCAGAAUUUGUAGAGAAAUGGUGUGUGUUCUAAAAGCGGUUCACCAAAAUGUUGAGGAUGAUGUCCUCAAUAUCUGACUCCAAAUAAUAAUAUCCCGUAACUGAGUAUUUUAGGUAGGCUUAAUCUCCUAGUAGAAUUGCGAAUUUACUCGAGAUUAUUAAAAAGCCUGAACACCAGUUAUAGAGAUAGUUUAUUGAUAAUGAAUAAUAAUAAUCCACAAGCGUACGGUGAGCAAGCACACGAUGAAACAGAGAGAGUGUGUGAGUCUAUUAAAAAUCCAUAUAUAUUUGAGAGUUAAUCGGGUGUGGAUAGAUUAUCGAUUAUCUGAACAUUGAGACCAAUAGGAAGAUAGCUUAAGCGUUAAUGAACAGACAUACUUUCGAUCAUACACACCGAAAUUAACAUAGUGAAUUGAGUCUGAGUUACAAUGACUAGAUAAAUGAUACAGUAGUCAAAUGGGCUUGCCACAACCUCGUUGAAGUCAGCUGCUUUGUUUUUGAAUGCGAUAGUGGAAAUAAUAACCCUUUGUGAAAUUCAUUCGUGCAUAUAUAUUUAUAUACUUAAUCUAUUUGCAUUACUUCAGAGAAAGUCGUCGUCAUCAAAUUUGUGUCUGAGAUAUAUAAUGGUAAUCAUAUUAUGUAUAGAUUUUGUAAUAUAUUUAUUCAGUUAUUUUAAUUACAUUCGAUUUAUUCGUUUAAACUAUUCUCUUCUGUAUACUGAAAUGAGGAAAUCAUACUAUCUCUUAAUAGAAGUAAACCAUCGUUUGUUAACUUCAGUAAAAACAGCGAAACAUUCAAAUCGGUUAUUGUAAAUAAAAAGGAAUAUGGAUUCUAAGUGCAUAUACCACUUAACUAUAGAUAUAUCAAACCAUGAAUUUGGAAGUGGGAUUUGACGAAAAUGAAGUAAACAAGAACACGAAUGGGGACAAUCGAAUGGAUUUAAUACAAACUUAGAGAGGAUCUCACUUAAGUUUGAGAACUAUGUAGUAAAUCGUUAAUUUGCAAAAUAUCAGUCAAUCGUCUCAAACUUCACUGUUCCUCUCGCAAAUAUCAGUCUAUUGUCUCAGAUUUCAUUAUUCAUGCAUUUUCAUAUCAACUGUGUUCCGCUUCCGUUCUUUCCUUAUCGAUCUUCUGCUGAAAUACGUUCAAUGCCUGAUUACUGUUAUAUACCACUUAUAUGGAUAUAAGUAACCCACAUCACAAAAACACUAUUUUUAUAAGGAAACAUGUUUGCAUCAAAAAAUCAUUAAUGUAUACAGUAUUUAUGUUCAUUAUAUUAACAAAGUUAGUUAAACGAUUGGAAAAUGUAUAUAUUUAUAUAAUGAGACCUUUUAACUGCUCUAUGUGACAAAGCAAUACAUCAUAGUUCAUACUACAAUGCCCGAAUAAUCUUGUACGGUGAUAAAUGAUUCACAAUUGAUUGAUCACUGGGUGGUGAUCAAUGUCAUGUGUGUCAAGUCCUUCUUAGUGCAGAUUGAAUGCUAUCAUUCAAGUUGCAAUGUGGCCACCAGUCUAGGUCACUCAACACUGCGUGCACUAUGUUGAGAUAAGAUGGUGGUUGGAGUUUCGGGCUACUUGGCACUCGUUAGCAAGGUGUAACUGUAAUCUUGAGGGAACUGAUGCUCCCUGACAGAUUUGAUCCCGUGUCACCCAGCUUCAUAGUCAGAGACGUUACCACUGAUAACUGAUUAUUUCACGAAUAUGUAUGAAAUAUAUUCAGCGAAUGAUAAUAUAACUUCAACUAAUAUAUUCCUUACAAAGUCUGAUAGGCUUUGGUUUUAAUUGAUAAACUAAUACGUAAUACAAAUUGUUGGACUACGUAUAUUACUAACAUAAUAAGUGGAACAUACCACAGAAAAUGUUAUGACAUAUAAUCAUUUCAUAAACAAUCUAUAGAGUAUUACAUUCAACAUAAUCACAUAAUCAUAAAUUUUCAUACUCAUAACAUAAACCUUUAGUAAUUUGCUUGUAUACAUUACAGUUAAAGCGAAUUGUUAUAUUUAUCGAAAUGGGAAGAUAUCUUUUUACUACGAGAAGGUCAGUUUAAUAAUUGAAUAAGCCAUGAAGUUAAUUCAAGUACAUCAGUUUAUCUCAAUGUCUUUUGUAUUACAAAUUGUUAUCCUUAUCAAAAUACAUUACAUAUGAUUUGAGUACAUCAUCAAUUCUAUAGUAAAUAAACACUUUCAGUGACAUACGAUUUCCAAUACAACACACUCAAGUAAACUAAUGGUAGAUUUAAACAAUAACAUAUAGAAAUAAAGAGAAAAUCGCCUUAUACUAAUUUGUAGUAUUCUGUUAUCUCUAGAAGCAAAGAUGUGAUGCUACAAGUUGUGAAUCAGUGAACGUUUAAUAGUUAUUAUGAAACACUGAUGCAGGAUGUCAGAUGUGUUCCUCCUUAUAUGAACCAGGCAUUAUUCUUCUGUUAAAAGUUUUCGAGCUAUUCAUUGAUCAAAAUGUCAACUACGUUUCAAUGCAUAAUUAGUUAAACAUAGUUGAUUAGGUUGUUUUCCGUUCAAAACACCAUCUCCAUUUCCUAACUAGAUAGCUUUUAUAAGUUAAGUAAUUUCAUUUAUAUCUCGCUGAAUCUUUAGUUGAUGUUUCUGUUUGAAAUGAAAAGGUAAUUUCAAUACUCUGUGAGUAGAACUAACUUCAAUAUAUAAGAUUGUAUGUCUGCAGUCUCUAACACAAAUUUCCACAAUUCCUUUUCAGAUACCUGAUAACAUUAAAGAAAUUUUGUUAUGGCCGAUGAUGAACAAUGGAUUAUGGUGCAGUCAUUCCACGCACCCUACUCCUAUAAAAAAAGAAUACAGCGCCAUAUUAACUCAUGAGUCCUUAAUCGAAGAUGGCACAUUAGUGGAGUUCGAACCUAUGUCAGACGUUUGCGACAUACAAAAUACUAAAGAUUUAUGCAUAAAUACAAAUAGAGCUGAAUCUCAGUGUUACUGGUGUUCAAUGAUUGAAAAAUGCAGUAAUGGCCGUGAUUAUCAUGCAGAUAUAUGGAUGAAGAACGGUUGCGAUGCAAAUAAUAUUUCUCAACCUCAACGUUCGCAAAAUUUAACACCAAAGGGAAUGAGAGAAUCUGCUGUACAAACCACGAAUGAGAAUAAUAACAAUUCUCAGAAUCAAUGUAUGCGAAAUUCAACAUCAAAGGGUUUGAGAGAAUCUGUUCUACGAAACACGACUGAGAACAAUAUUUCUUUUUCAAUUCCGCCCAAUUUUUCUGAAGGAAAACAAAUUUCCAAUUCGUAUACAUACUUGUUUUUUGUGAUACCACUUUUAAUUCUGUUCAUUAUAUUUAGUAUUUAUUUUGUUAGAUUAAUUCUAAUCCGGUUACGAUUAUUAAAGGUAACAUAUGAUUUAGAUGCUUAAAGGAACAAAAUGUAUGAUACUACAUUUAAAAUUACAAUUGAAAUUAAAUAAAUUUUCUCUCGCAACGAAAUGCUCAUAGUCAAUACAAAACAUGAGUAUUCGAAUACUCAGUAUGUAAAUUCAACAUUCAUAAUUUCCAUAUAUUCCAUAUUAGUUUUCUUUUUAACUCAAUAUUGAACAGAAAUGUAACAGCUAAUUUUCAAUAGUUAUCAUUUCGUCUGAAUUCC